AUGGUUACUACUACCUACUACGUAGAUCCACGGAUCUCCCUCAUUAGAAGGAUCACAGCAGAUAGUCGCCAGGCUGCCACGUCCACAAGGUUGCGGAUAAGGCUAAUCGUGGACCAAAUGCGACCUUGUGGAUGCCCUGAGACGCAGAUGGAUUCACGGAUGGACUCCCCGUUUCUGCUGUGCCAGGAUCAGCUCAUAAUACUACCGUAUCCCGACAACGACGACAUGACUGUACGAGGAAAGCGAAGAGUUUCAAAACCACCAAGAGAGGACUGCCUCCGGAAACUUUAG